UGUGAGGGCGGCCCGGAGGAGACACUCUAGACCUGGAGGUGCAUCCUGGCGUGACUCUCCUUGAGAAACACCAACACAAGAAGACUCCUACCUGACUUUAAGAUGGUCGUGGAUGACCUUCAGUUCAUGUCCGUCCUGAAGGGAAAACGCAUCAAACUGACCCUGAAGACCGCGUCGUACUUCGGGGUGGUCCAGCGCAUCAACCCCAACAAGACCUUGGUGUUAGCAGACGUAAGCAGCAGUAAUGGCUGCAAGUUGCCCGGAACAAAAAUCUUCUUUGGACACGAGAUCCUGAAUGGUGAGUUCACAUGUGAAGACGUCAGAGUAUUUCCUCAGCACAAAGUGGAAGAACACCUCAAAGUGGAAAGGUUUCAGCCAUACAAGAAGAUGAUCACAUUGGAUGAUGAAGAUGAAGACGAGUUUAUCGACUUUGUCGUCAUCGAUGAGUUUCAUGAGAAGUUUGGACCUGCUGUGAUGCACAUCAAGAAGCAGCACGUAAUCGGCGUGGCCGCUGAAGGGGUCGAGGUGUUUAAGAGUGGAAGACUGUGUUGGCUACAGAUUGCCACUAAAAACAAGGUGUACCUGUUUGAUAUCCUCCUGCUCGGAGCCCGAGCCUUUAAGAAUGGGCUCUCCAUGAUCCUGGAGAGUAAGCACAUCCUAAAGGUCAUUCAUGACUGCAGAGCCAUUGGUGGAUGUUUGAUUACUCAGUUUGGAGUGAAACUAGCCAACAUCUUUGACACUCAGGUGGCAGAUGUCAUGUGCUUCUACUCAGAGACUGGAGGCUUCCUUCCAGACAGAGUCAGUACUCUCCAGGCGGUGGUGAAUCUCCAUCUGAAGGUGCCCUCCUCCCAGCUCUCCUCUCUUCAGAUAAAGUCACAGCUCACCAAGGAAGAGAGGGAGAUGUGGUACAAGCGGCCUUGCCCCGUAUCCCUGCUGAAGGUUUUGGCUCUGUCAGUGAUCCAUCUGCAGCCGCUCAGACUGGUGCUGCUGGACACGCUCAUGAGUGACUACAUGGCUUUGGUGGAUUCCUACCUCAGCAGCAGCCACUAUGAACCUGAUGAACUGGAGCACGUCAACAUGGAAAGUGCUCUGGAGUUACCCACAGAGCUCAGGCAGCUGGAUCAAAUGCGUCGUGAGCGGCGGGAGUGGGCUGCCGGCCACUUCCCUGUCACAGAACAGGGCCUGCUGGCUCGCUUCAACCCCCAACCUCCGUCUUCAUCCCAGACCUCACCAGCUGCAGAGGACCAUAGCGAGACACAACCAGACUCCCUGGAACCUGCAACUGUGAAAUCACCUUCAUCCCCACAAAUGGACCUUGUUGUUAACCAACCACCGACGAGCCCCUCCAGAGUCGUGGAUGUCCGUUCUUCUCCCAACCUGCCAGUCCAGCCUCUGGUCCCGACGACUCUGCAAGACCUCCAGAAACCAAAGUGUGCAAGUGAGGACAGAGGAUGCACAAAGGCACUGAUGGAUAUGAUGGGUAUAGGAAGGCCUUUUGGGAAAGAGUCAUGCAGCCCAACCUUACCUGCUUUAGGAAGAGGCUUCCUUCUCCAGAUACCGUCAGGCAGCGUGGAGCAUCGGGACCUGGAGGGCCUCUCACAAGGAGUCGGCCAUAUUGUGACCUUCAGCUGGGACAGACGAGAGCGGGCCGAGGAUGAGUGA